AUGGAAUUGGCAGAAGGAGGAGAUUUAAUUAUGCUAGGAGACCUUAAUCUGUCAAAAAAAAUUACAUCUAAUGGAUUUUUAUAUACUUAAGCAGGUACACCAUAUUAUUCCUCACCAGAAAUAUGGAAUAAUUAACCAUAUGAUUAUAAAAGUGAUAUUUGGAGUCUAGGAUGCAUUAUUUAUGAAAUGUGUGCUUUAAAACCACCUUUUAGAGGUAAUGAUAUGGAAGAAUUAAAUAAAAAAAUUUAAAAAGGUAUCUAUGAACCUAUUCCUAAUCAUUAUAGUUUCAAUUUAAGUUACUUUAUUUAAAAACUUUUAAAUUGA